AUGGAUUCAGAUGUUCCCGGCGGCAAAUAUCUGGCGCAUGCGCAGGAGAAGAGGAAGCGUGAAGAAGAAAAGGUGCCUGUGAAGAAGUCACGGCGAACGGACAAGAGACAGCGCAUACAUGAUAGCGACAGCGACAAGUCGUGGGAUGAAGACUAUGUGCCACCGCAGAGGGAAAAGCGCUCAUCCAAACCGAAGCCGGAUACUCAGUCACCUGUUCCACCCGCUUCGGAUCUGAAGACUCAAGUCUCUGUGGCUGGAGCUCAGAAUUCAGAACAAGAAGCUCCGGCUAUACAGACAGAAUCUCCAGAGAUUAUUCAAGCGAGGGAAGAAAAGCCAUUGAUCUUGGAUGGUCUUCUGGGUGAUAUUAACAACCUCGCAGCAUCAGCUGCGAAAGUGGUCGCCCAAGUCAACGCGAUGCGAGGGGACGAAGCUCAAGAGAAUACACAGCUCAAGUCUAAAAUUGAAAACUUAGAGAACAGGAACGAAGAGCUCAGGCUUGAUAUCGUAAGGCUGAGGAAGAGGAGCCUGCACCUGUACAGGGAGAUGCAGCACCUGCGUAAUGAUGCUGCAUACGGCCGAGCAAUGCGGAAAGUACAUGACGAAAUGGCCGGACACUAA